AGGGGUAAUAGAUAUUAUGUCAUAUACACUGGGUGACAUCCCUAGGAAGUAGAUUCUAGCCUGAUCCCCCUGGUGUAGGUUUGGAGACUGGGGAGGACCUGAGAGGCACAGGGACUAUCCCAGGAUGAAGAACUGGUAAGUUAAAGGAAGUCUGCAUUCAUCUCUGUCUCCUCAAAGCUAGGACCUGAGUUAGGUUUCUAGGGAGCUGUGGCUAGGGCUGUGUAGGCUCCUUGUGUACAGUUCAGGAAGUGACAUGAGAAAAGAGGGUGAGCAGCCCAGGCUCAGGGUGCAGCUCUGGAGAAAUCUGACUGAGGUAAGGGGCCCAGGUAAUGGAAUCUUGAAAAAUGACCUCAUCUCCUUGGUCCUAGGCCUCAACAGAUCUUUGAACUCUGGUAACCAGGCACCCACAGUCCCCCAUCCAGCUCACUUGAUGGGAGACAGUCAAGAGGCAAAAAUGUUUUGUUGUUGUAUCCCAACUUUUGCAGCAUCUGGGUUCAAAAGAUCCCAGAAAGAGAAUCUUUUUGAUUGUUGCCUACGUUGGCUCAGCCCUCAUCCCUGACGCCUCUGAGUGUCUGACAGGAGGCAGUGAAGGGUAACAUGGGGCAGUCCAGGAAAGGUUAGUGCAGGCCAGGACACAACGGUGAUCCCACCUGAUCAACCCCAAAAUCCAGGCCCCUCAUCGUGUGUUUGUGUGUGUUUGUGUGUCUGUGUGGAGUGGGGAAGGUAGGGUAUGUGGGGCAGGCCAUUCCUGUGCAGGAGCUGGUUGUUAGGUGUCGGAAACCUGGUGGGUCUGUCACGUUCAUACCCCAGGUCAUGGCUGACAGCAUGAGAAGGUGAGCUCCUCAACUCGUAUGUUAUUGAGCCCUAGAGGUUUCAUCUCCUUCCCUUCCUGACCAGAGUUCUUUGCCAGGAUGCCCUCUGUGCCUGAACUGAGGAGCAGACUUUCUCUUGGGCAUUGGCCACAGUGGCAGUGUGCAGGCAGCCCCUGAUUCCCUCUGGCCCAGCUCCCAGGCAGUCUUUGCAGAACUCCACUCAGGAUGUUGUCGAGUAGCUGCCCAAUGGUUUCAACUCUACCAACUCACUAGACAGGGAGCAGGUGCAUGAGGCCACCCACACCAUCCAGUGCUGCUCUGAGAUGAGAGCAGGAGCAGAGGGCCUCCACACUCAGGACCUUGAGAUGAUGGGGUUGGACCAGAACUAGGGUGGGACCAGUCAGGGGCUGUCUAUUUUUCAAGCUAAAGGGGAUGUACAUGCAGGAAACCUUGCCUGAUUCAGAGCUGAGCUGCUGUGACCCUCUUUCCUUUGACUGGUGUGAGCUUCUGGAGGCCACUGAGGCAGAGCCAGAGGGUAAGGGGGACUGCAGGCUGGCUAUUCCUGGAAAGGAAGUGGGAUCUUUCCUGUGUUUAGAAGGACACAUGGAAAGUUAGCUAAGUGAGUGAAUCUUUCUCUUUAUCCCGCUGCAGUGCCAGCUGCAAAGCUCCAGCCGGUGGCAGAAACAGAGGAGUGGGCAGUGGUGGAGGUAGAGCUGGCUCCAGCUCCGUUGACAACACCCCCUCUAGCGCUGGCGCCAGCGUCCCCUCCACCAGCAGUGUUGGAGCUGGAGCAAGGGCCGACAUCGGCUGCAGCAGGAGUGGGAGCUGCUGAGCUGGACUCACUUGGACCAUCAUUUCUAGUGGGAAGUCCAUCUCCACCUGUGGCUAAGAAGCGUGAAAGAAGCUUAACCUCAAGGCCUUCCCUCCUAAGCUGGUGGUGGAGCAGUUGACCAUGAUGGAUGCGGAGCUCUUCCAGAAGGUGGUACCCUCUCAGUGUCUGGGCUCCACCUGGGGCAAGAGGAACAAGCCCGGCAAUGAGCACCUGGCACCCACCCUCCGGGCCAACGUCGACCACUUCAGAAGGAUUGCCAACCUCGUCACCACCACCUGCCUCGGGGACCCGAGCAUGAUGGCCCAGGACAGGGCUAGUGUGGUGGAGCGCUGGAUCCAGGUGGCCCAGGAGUGCGAGAUCCUGAAGAACUUCUCCUCGCCCUGCAAUGUCAUCUCUGCUCUGCAGAAAACAUCCAUAUGCCACCUGAAGAACACAUGGGAGAGAGCUCUGAAAAACUUAAGGAGCGCUAUAGCCAAGACGAGUCCUUGAGCAGAGAACUGAUGACCAAGUGGAUACCUGUCCCUCAAGAUCAGAAGUAAUGUCAGAUCACCGAUCCUCACCUUAAUUUCCUCCUACACCUAUCAAUCCUGGAUUCCAUGGACUGUGAUCUCAAUAAUUUCGUUGGAAUAAUAAAAAGUUCCUUACCAUUCAGUUAUGUUGUAAACCUCCAAACCCAGAAGAUCCCUAUUAUCUGCCAUGCCGCAGCUACUGCUGGUCUUAUAACAAGCUGAAGAAAAAGCACGAAACAUGAUCUUUUGGUACCACUGUAAAUACAAAACCAUCUGCAUCAACUGGGAAGCACCCAUAAUACCUGAAAAUUUUGUUCUCUUUUUUUGUGUUGGGUCAAUAACAAAAAGAAAAAUCAAUUAAAAAAUGGGCAAGGGACCAGAAUGGACUUUUUCCAAUGAAGACAUACAAGUGGCCAAUAGGUGUAUGAAAAGGUGUUUGGCAUCACUAAUCAGGGAAUGCAAAUCAAAACCACAAUGAGCUAUCACUUCACACCUGUUAAGAUGGCGAUUAUCAAAAAAACUAAAGGUGGCAAAUGUUGGUGAGGAUGUGGAGAAAAGAAACCCUUGUGGGAAUGUAAACUAGUACAGCCAUUAUGGAAAACAGUAUGGAGGUUCCUCCAAAAAUGAAAACUAGCAUAUGAUCCAGCAAUCCCACUUCUAGUAUAUACCCACAGGAAUUGAAAUCAGGGUCUUGAAGAGAUACCUGCACUCUAAUGUUCAUUGCAGCUAAUUUACAAUAGCCAAGACACGGAAGUAACCUAAAUGUCACUGAUGGAUGAAAGGAUAAAGAAAUGGAAUAUUAGUCAACCUUGAAAAAAGAAGCAAUUCCUGCCAUUUUUGACAACAUGGAUGGACCUGGAAGGCAUUAUGCUAAGUGAAAUAAGGCAGACAGAGAAAGGCAAAUACUCACUUAUAUGUGGAAUCUAAAAUAGUUAAACUCAUACAAGCAGAGGUUAGAAUGGUGGUUGCCAGGGGCUGGGAGGAUGGAGAAUUUGGGAGCUGAUGGUCAAAGGAUACAAAAUUUCAGUUAUCAAGAUAAAUAAGUUCUGGAGAUGUAGGCUACGGCAUAGUGCCUACGGGUAACAAGACUGUAAUGCAUACAUCACAUUUGCUAAUAGAGUAGAUAUUAAGAGUUCUUACCGCA